GGAGAGUUUGAGAGGGGUCUCUUUUUGUCUUUAGUUUAGCCUCUUUCAAUCUGUCAAGAUCCCUUCAGGGACAGUUUGAUCAAACGCUACUCAUCAGAAAUAGAAACAACUUAUAAUAGCCAUAGGAUGAGCCUUUAAUUAAUUAGAGGUUGCUUGGAUUCAUUCACUCACUCACUUCUCUCCUUACCACAUUUCCUUCUGCCGGAUCCACAUCCUGAUGAAUCUGUGAUGUUCAAUAUUUGUUCAAGUCAAACACAUGAGUGAUUGUUUGCCAGGGAUGGCUUUUUGACUCAAUACACUCCUAUUGUAUUGACAGCAGUUUGACAUGUUUAUCUCAGUAGUGUUGUGUUACCUUAUAUCCUGCAGGCUGAAUUAUCAGAAUAAGAGCUGUGCUCGUAGUUGUCUCAAAUGUCCCAAAGAUGGAGCACACCUUGGUGGACGCCCCACCCAGAGCCACCUGGGACACUGCUUUCUUUGACCUGAGUCCACCACGUAUCUGUUUUUCAUGUUAUCUGAUGCCACAUCUGCUUUGAAAAAGGGGAUAAUGUACUGACACUUACAGGGAACCUGGUUUGUGAAGAUGCAGCGAUACAAAUAAACCACUUUGGAUAUUCAGAUAUCAAUGCCAUGCAAUUAAUUUGUGACGGCAGACACAAUAUAUCAGAACAAAGGUUUUUAGCGAAUGACGUCUUGCUUAUAGAGCAUCCAUCAGUUCUCUUCUGAUGGGGUUCCCAUGCUCUCUGCUCAGCUGCUCACAAUAACUGAUUGGUCCUGAGGCUGCCAGAGCUUCAAUGUGAUCAAAGCUCCAGCCGAUCAGAGGAUUGUAUUGUUCUCUUGUUUCAGGAAAUGACUGUACCGUGGCAUUCAUGAUUAUGACCUCAGUUGAGUCAUUUUAUAACCGGUUGUCCUCCAAGGGAAGGAGGCGGGAAGAGCGUAUAUGAGCUAAGCCAGCUGACACAUGGGGAAGAAAUCUUUGCAUAACGUCUGUUUCACCUGCCAACAGGUGACACAUAUUUGCAUCUUCCUACGAUGACCUUAGAACUUUUUUUCAACUUCAUCUAAUUCAUAUCACUGCACACCGUCUCCUGCUUCAAAUCUACUUUACACUAUAGCUUUAGUAACUUCCUUUGGCAACAUCACAUGGAUGCAGGACUUUUGAAAGAUACGAGUGUGUUGUCCAGAAAUCAACAACUGGACUCUUUUCUCAUCCAACAGCAGGGGCAUUUGGAUGAUGAAAAGAUGCUUCAGUCAAGUUUUCAUGUAAGGCAAAAGAGUGAAGAAUGUCCGUCUUCAAGCCUCCAGGACACCAUAGUCACAAGACUGACUCCUCAGUUGUCUGCUCACUCUGGCACAGAGUCGUCCACGAUGGUGGUGUCACCGCCACACUCCGUCAGGCUGAAGUAUCUGUCUCUGGCGGUGCUGGUGUUGCAGACCACCUCGCUGGUGCUCACCAUGCGCUACUCCCGCACCCUGAAGGAAGACAGCCCCCGCUACCUGGCCUCAUCCGCCGUGGUGUCAGCCGAGCUGCUCAAGAUCCUCGUCUGCACCCUCCUCGUCUUCAAGGAGAACAAUUUCAGUGUGCGGCUGCUGAAGGAGGAGAUUGUUAACAAGCCUGUGGAGACAAUGAAGUUGGCUAUUCCUGCAGGGAUCUACACUCUGCAGAACAAUCUGCUCUAUGUUGCCUUAUCCAACCUGGACGCAGCCACCUAUCAGGUCACAUACCAGCUGAAGAUCCUCACAACAGCACUGUUUUCUAUCUCCAUGCUGGGGAAGAGGUUGGGCUUCUACCAGUGGCUGUCCCUGCUCUUCCUCAUGGCAGGAGUCACUCUAGUGCAGUGGCCCACAAAGUCUGAAGGUGACACUGAGCAGAAGAUCCUGUCGGCAGGCUCCCGGUUUGUGGGACUGAUGGCUGUGAUGAUGGCCUGUGUGUCCAGUGGCUUCGCUGGAGUUUAUUUUGAGAAAAUCCUCAAGGAGACUAAACAGAGUGUGUGGGUCCGUAACAUACAGCUGGGUUUAUUCAGCUUUGUGUUUGGCUUGGUAGGAAUGAUAGUGUAUGACGGCCAGAUGGUGAGAGAGUUUGGAAUGUUUCAGGGCUACAACACCGUCACCUGCACAGUCAUUGCCUUGCAGGCUCUGGGCGGGUUGGUCGUAGCAGUGGUCAUUAAAUAUGCAGACAACAUCCUCAAGGGAUUCGCCACCUCUCUGUCCAUCAUCAUGUCCUCACUUAUUUCAUAUUUCCUGUUGGAGGACUUUAACCCUACAUGUGUAUUUUUCCUUGGGGCAGUGCUGGUUAUUGCUGCCACAUUUCUCUACAGCAAAGAGCGCAAACCGACCAGUGGCAGCGCCAUCAAAGUAUAAACAGAGACGCUCUGUGAAGCGUGCUACCCGACAGAAGGGACGACACACACACGACAGAAACCCGAGCAGGACUCAGAGCACUGUGACAGAGAGUUUGACACGCGGAAAUUAAGAAUAUAUGAAAAGUGUCAGUGAUAAAAACCUGUUACUGCCAAACAAUUACAGCUGAAGGCUGCCCAUCCCUCCUGGGGAAAUCCUGCUACGCACAAAAGAUGGGGGUCAACAAUAUGUACUCGUCCUUUGUCGAUGUAUUUAUUUAAGUUUCUUCUCACAGUGGAGCUAACUUUCCAUUCCAACAGAGACUGUUGCAGUAAAACUCACAUACUGUAUGACAGAAUGAUCCCAUGGAAACGUAGCUUUCUAUAAGUGCAAUUUACAGGGACCAGGAGGAGAUUGUGAUGAAACCAUGGCCGAGUGGAUAUUUGGAAGCCAUUAUUUUAUAGUUCAAUAUACUGUAUGUGUAAUUAUGUGUGAUGGGAUAUGGGGAAAUGUAUUUACUGAACAAAAAGGGCAGUCUAUUGAUGUUGCUGACAGCGGCUUCCUCAGAGAGAGGAAACUCCUCGACAGAGCUUCCAUCUAGUGGUGGAGUGAGGAGCAAACUUGCUGCAAAGAGGAGGGGUUAACUUUGGUCAUAUGAGAUGAGAUGGGGUAUGACUGCUUUGACCUUGCUCACAGUCUGAGUAUUCAUAUCAGAAGCACUCAUUCUGCUGUUAUUUAAAUGAAAAAAAGGGUCUUUGUGUGAGAACAAAUGAAUAAAUUAAGGCAUAGUUCCAUGUUCAAGCAA